AAUAUAUUUUUUUAUUUUUUAUUGCAUGUAAAAUUAAUUAAUAUUAAUAAUUUUAUUAAUAAUUUUUUAUUAAAUUCAAGAAGAAAAAAUAAGAAAAAAACAUCAUUUUGUGGCGCCACAUGUACCCUAAUGCUGGUUAUGUUUUUUAAUCUUAAUAAACAAAUAAAUUAACAAUAAUUAUUUAAUAAAAAAAAAAAAUAGACCAAAUAAUUUAUAAACAUACAAAAAAAUGGCGUCAAUUGUAUGCUAUAAUUUUAAUGAAAUUUGUCGUUUAUGUUUAAAACAAAAAAAAAAUAAUUCACCAAUUUAUGAUGAUAAAAAAAAUUUAACACUUGUUAAUAAAAUAAUAUCAAUUGCUCGAAUUCAGAUUGAUGAAAAUGAUAAUUUGCCAUCAUUAAUUUGUCACGAUUGUCUUCAGCUUGUUGAUAAAUUUCAUGAAUUUAAAUUGUUAAUUGAAAUAUCAGACAGAGAAUUAAGAUGUUGUUUAAAAAAUAAAAUUAUUGAUAAUAAAAUUGACGUUGAUAAAGAUGAUGAAUCUACCAAAGAACAAAUUGAUUAUACAAUUAUUGUGCCCACCACACAGAAUUAUGAUGAUAAAUGCAUUGAAACAAAAGAAGAGCUAACUGAACAAGUUGAUAAUGGAAUAGUAUUUAUGAAUGAUAAUGAUGAUGAUAUAGAUGAUGUAGAUGAUGUAGAUGAUGUUAAUUGUGAAUUAUGCUCUGAACCAGUUGGCACAAUAAAUGACUUAAAAAAUCAUAUAAGUGAGCAUUUUUUCAAGCAAGAUGAUGCUAAUAAUAGUCGACAAAAUAUAAAUAAUAAUACUGAUAAUGAUGAUGAAAAAAAUACAACACCAACUCAUACAAAUGACAAUGAUAAUGAUGAUAAUAUUGAAGUAUACAAUCGUCAGUAUGUCGUUGAUGAAAUAAUUGAUACAUUUAUUAAAUUAUCAACAAAACUUAAUUUAAAAAUUAAAACUAAAAAUGAUCAUUUUGAUCCAGCACUAGCUGAUGUUGCUGAAAAUGAAAGUGAUUAUCGUAUAUUUUUAAAUAUGAUUGAUCUUUAUGAUGAAAUUCUUGGUUUUAUAUCACCAGCACUUUGGACAAAUAAAAUGCCGGAAUUUCUUUAUAAAAUUAUACGAGCUUCUUACAAGUCACCACUUAUUUCUGGCUUUUAUCAAAUUGCAAAUAGAGUUAUACAAUCAUCACAAAUUUUUGAUGAUUUUAAUGAUGAUGAUGAUACAGAACUUUUUAAUUCUGUUCUUGAAUAUUUAUUAAAUGCAAUUAAUAAAGUUGAUAAAUAUCCUCUUGAACUUCAAAUUGUUGUUAUUAAAUUAAUUCUACAAUCACCAAUUAUUUUUGUGCCACAUUUUAUUGAUCGUGUUGAUGAAAUUUUUAAAAUUUCAUUUACAAUUGGUCUGGAUGAUUGUGAUUUGGCAAAUGAUACUCUUGAUACACUUGAUCGAUACAUGUCAACAAAAAAUACACUAAAAUAUGAAAAUAUAAUUAAAAAAAUAUUGCCAUCAUUGAAUUUAUAUUUAAAAAGUAAAGAGAGUUUAGAAAUUAAUCAAGAUAAAUUGUCAUUAGUUGGUAAAAGAAUGCAAAAAAAUAUUGAUGGUUUUGAAAAAUUACAGAAUAGAAUUCUAUUGUUAUUUGGAAAAAUUGAUAGCUCAUUGAUGAUUGAAUUUUUACACAAUGAAUCACAGCAUACAAAUGCAUCAUGGGAUGAUAAAAAUUUGUUGGAAUAUUCAAUGACAUUUCCAGAUGGUAGUCUUGAUGUUUAUCUUGAUACAUUGUUACCGAGAAUCAUUGAUUUGUCAUUGAACAGUAGUGAUAGAAGAACAAAGGUUGCAGCAAGUGAAGUACUUUAUUCAAUAACAGCAAUAAUACUCGGUAAAACAGUACAUUUUUUAGCAUCAAAUCCAGAUAGAUAUUCAUCAUUCUACAAAUUAUUAUGUCCGUCAUUAUUAAAACUUGGUUGUGAUUCUGAUGAUGUUGUUAAGCAACUGUUUAAUCCACUUACAUUUCAAAUAACUCAUUGGUUGAGUAAUCGACUAAUGUACAAUUCACCAGCAAGUUAUCAUUUAAUUGACAGUCUUUUUGAUGGACUGUGUGAUGAAUCAAAUUCACUGACACGUGAUUUUUCAGGUAUACUACUUGGUGAAUUUGCUAAAUGGACCAUAAAACAAUCUAGUGAUCGUUAUAUAUUAGACAAGUCAAACUUUAUCAAUACAAUUGUAAGAAAUAUUAAAAAUUUUUCACUUCAUUCAUGGAAUCAUCGUCGUAUUGCAGCAGCAAUUGGCUUCAAUCAUUUAUACAAAAUUUUACGUGAAAAUGAAAAAGUUGUUGAUGUUUAUUGGCUUGAAUUUUUAUAUUGUUUUGUUAAAAGUAUGGAUGGUUGUUUGGAAAAGUGUAUUAAAAAUGUACUUGGACAUAUUGAAAGAGUUCUCAUUGAAAAAUCAGAUAUUUUUUUAACAACAAAUAAACACAGGAUGGUGCCUUAUGAAUUUGCUGGAGGAACAUUGAUUGAUGCUAUGAAUUGGCUACUUAUACAGUGUGGAAAAUUACACAAAAAUGCUGUUCAAUAUGUCAUGAUACUUUUUGAAAAUUUAUCAUCUAAAAUUGAGUAUUUAAUUUCACCCAAAGAUGUGAUAACUCGCUUCAUUGAUACCAAUGGAUUUCAACAAUUUGAAAAUAUUAUUUUGGGAAAUUUAAAUAAUUUUACAGUAAAAAUGACAGAAAAUUAUCUAAAUAAUUUAUCAAAUACUCUAAAUCUUUGUAUUUGGCUUAUUCAGAAUAAUUUUAUUGAAGCUAAUUUGUUAUUUUCUUCAUUGAAUCCACGAAAUCUUGUUAUUUUUAAUUGUAUCAAAAAUUUAAUAACAUCUGUUGAUAAAAUGUCACUAUUGCAGUGUGAAACAUUAAUUAUAGCUUUAGAUUUCAUUGCCAUGAUUCUUGAGAUUGACAUUGAUAAUAAAAAAGAAGCGAUGAAAAUAAUUUUUCAAGCAAAUUUAUUUUCUUUUGCAACUAAAUGUGCCUUGGUACCACAAACUGUUGGAUUUGAUAUGAAAAAUAUUCUUCUUACUGAACAACUUAUGAGUAAAUUAGAGAAACUAUUUGUCAUUGGAAAAAAUUGUUUAGUCGAUGGCCAAAUGAUUAUGAUGAUGGAGCAAAUUGAUGGAGAAAUUAAAAACAAUUUCAGUUGGUGUGAUGCUUUUUCAUUUUAUGAUAUAGUAAGCACAUUCAAAAAUCCAAUUGAUAUUCGAGUUAUCAAUGGUUUGAUUUUACUUCAAAAAUGUAAUUGCCUUGAUGGCCUUGAUCUUGGCUAUCAAAUAAAUGCUGAAAAAUCAAAUAAACUCAAAGAAAUAUUUAAAGUUUUAAAAUAUCAAAAUAAUGAUGAAAACAAAUGUAUGGAUAUUGAUGAACAAAAUAAACAAUAUCUUAAUAAUUGCUUGGAAUUAUUUCUUCACAAUCAAGUACCAUUUGUUGCUGUUAAAAAAUGUAUUUUAAAUAAAACAAAAUUAUUACGUUAUGAUAAUAUUGUUGUAUCACAUGGUGACUAUUUUUUCAAUACUUUUCAUGAUGUAUUGAUACGUUGUUCACUUGUUAACAUUGAUGAAACAAUAAAAGCACUUGUUGACAUUAUUCAUACUGAAGCAGACACUGUUAUAUUUUUGCUAGAAGCAAUAACACUUUUUUUGGAACAUCAAAAAACAAAAUACCAUGAGGAAAUUAAAAAAUUUUCACAUAUUGUUUUUUGUAAUUUUAAAAAUUUUUAUAAAAUGAUUAAUUCACCAGUAAGAGCAAAUUCAUUUAACAAUAUUUGCCGAAUAAUUAUUCAAUUUUUAGACAAUCCAUCAGACGUUCGACAUAAAUAUCCAGAAUUUUAUUUAUGGAUUUUAAAUGAAUUGUCAGAAAAUUCUGAUUUAUCAGAAAAAACAAGAAUUAUAAAUGAUUUCAUCGUUUGUUUGACUACUGAAAAUUCUGAGGAUGAUCCAAGACUCUUGUUGAUAUUAAAAAUGUUGAAAAAUCAUUGUAAAAUAAGAACACAAACAGAAAAAAAUAUUUUGGAAUCAAUGAAAUUAACAGAAUGCUUCGAAACAUUGAUGAAAAUGUUACCCAUCACAAAAACAAUUAUUAUUUUUGAAACAGCUAUUAAUUUUUCACUUAUUAUUGAUAAAUAUUCAUUGAAUAAUACAACAUUAAAUCAUUUGAAUUGUUACUUCAAUCUUAUAUCAUCAAGCAAUGCUCUAAAAUCUCUUAAUCUUGUUUAUCAAUUAUUCAUGAGUCACCACGUAUCAACUGAACGACUCAACAUGUUAAAAAAUUUUAUCAUUCCAUCAUUCAAAGCUUGCUCAUCAAUAACAAUUGAAAAAUUUUUCGAACAAAAUAUUUAUGAAUUAUUUAAAACAAUAAAUGAAAAUAGCUUAGAUAAUCCAAUUGAUUUUGAAAAUACUGUUAUAUCAAAAAUUGGAACAUACAAUAUUCUUGAAUAUUUAUUUUUUAAAGUUGAUGAAAAAAUUGUUAAUAAAGCUGAUGGUGUUAUAUCAUUAAAUGCAUUUGCUGGUGAAGGCAGUACAAAACAACUUACUGAGCAAAUAUUUAAAACAACAUUAAACGUUAGAAAAUUAAAUAAUAGCAAUACUAUUAUUAAUAAAGAAUACAUGAGAUUGUUGCAUUGUGCUGCUUACAAUUGUUCAAUAAUAAUAACCAGUAAAUCAUCAGACAGUAAAUAUUAUCUUUCUCUUUUUGCUGAAAAUGCAAAAAGAGAUCAAUUUAUUUGGAGUAAAAUAAUUGACUGUAACAAGCAAUAUGUUCUCUCUCAGACUUUCAAAGAAUAUCCAAAAAAACGUAAAGAAGUAUUAAAUUUUAAAGCAAGUUUAAAAAAUAAUGAAAAAUAUCAUUCAGCUGAUAAUUCAUCAUCAUGUAUUAAAAAUUAUAAUUUAACAAGUUCAACAUUGGCUGAAGAUAUUUAUGAAUACGACUUGAGUGAAGCAGUUGUAAUGAAAAAUUCAUCAGACAACGGAUUUUUAUUGUCACUUGAAGAGGAUGAUCUAAAUAAUCACGAGUGUAUGUAUCAAAUUUGUGCAAUUUUAAAACACAUGAUUGACAAUAAAUUUGAAUCAAUAAAAACAAAACCAAAUUGGCUUGAUUGUUUUAUUGGUUCUAUGUUUUCUGAACAUUAUAAUGUCAGAUUAUUUUUAUUAAAAGUCAUUUUAAAUAAUCAGCAAAUUUUUAAAAAAGUUGCUGAACGUAUUAUUGAGCCAAUUAUUGAUAUUGUUAUUAAAAUUUUAAAUGAAGGAAAUUUAAAUUACAUUGUAACUGAUUGUAUUUUGGUUCUUGUUGAUUGGUCUGAUAUAGCAAUACCUAAAAAUACUGGUAUACAAAAAGCAAAUGCAUUAUUUGAAUUAUUUGCUGAAAAAAUUGAGGCUGGAACAACAACUGAAUGUAUUGUUAGAAAUAAUUUUAAUAUUUUGGAUUUAUUGGUUAAAGCUUGGGUUGAUAUUCUUGAAGUACCACUUGCUCUUGAUAAAAAAAUUAUAGAUAAACCAACACGAGGUAUUCGAAUAAUUCUUAUAAUUUUAUCCAGCAAUAUGGCUGGUAAGCUAAUAGCACGUCAAGAUGUUAUGGAUUUUUUGAUAACAUAUCUUGAAAAAAAUUGGCGUUAUAAUGAAGAGGAUGUUCUUCGUUCAUGCGAGUCAAUUGGCUUAUUUUUAAAAGCAUCAGAAUCAAUCGAUAAUUUUGGUAAUUAUAAAACAACAAUUGUUGAUAAAUUAAAUACAGCUUUUGGUGCAAUAAGAGAACCAACGAGACUUGUAAAAUGUAUUAAUUCAGUAUGCAAUGCUUAUCCAAUUAUUUCGAAAUAUUUUCAAGAAUUUGUAUUGCGUAAUCAUUUAAAAUUGGCACCACUUCACAAGGCUAAAAGUAUGGAGGUAUUUUAUCACAUGAUACCAAGCAUGAAUGAUCAAGAGAUCCUUCAAGAAAUGCGUCAUUUAAAAUUCAAUAGUUUGUUGAAUGACAAAGUACUUCAUUGUGAGUUAAUAUGCUUAAAAAUAAUUCAACGACUUGUUACAAUUUUAAAUGCUGAAAAUUAUAUUCCUUUUGCUAAAUUAGCAUCAGGCUACAGUCAGCAUGAUAAUCAAGAACAUCGUCAAAUUACUUAUCAAAUUUUUAUAAAUGUUUAUAAAAAAUAUUCAAAAAAUAAUCCAAUUGAUUGUCAUGAAAAAAUAUUGAUUGACUUGAGUAAAGAAAUAUUACUUCCUGGUAUUUUAGAAACGACUGAAAGUCUCAAAGAAAUGUUGAUUAAAUUUUGGACUGAAGAAAUACAAUUUAGUGAAAAUUGUCCAGAUAGAAUUAUUGAUAUUUUUGAUAUUUAUUCACCAUCUGUUGAGCAUGAUUUUUUAACAUUUUUUGGAAUAAUUUUUUUGUAUUUAUCAAGGAAAUCACCAGAUUAUGAUAAAAAAUUAUUUGCUCCAUUGGAUGCAAAUUGUAAUCAGCAAAAUUAUAAUAUUGUUGUAUCAUGGAGAAGAAAAAAUUUGGCACAUAAAAUACCACUUUUUGCAAAUUCAUAUGCAAGUCAGUAUACCCAACGUUCAACACUAUCAACAAUGGAUAAUUUUAUUGCAACAAAUGAUGGAUUUAUGCUUCGAGCAACUCAGGCACCAAAUUUUGUUGAUACAUUUAUCAACGAUGCUGUUCCAGAAACAUCUGAAAACACAACUUUACCUGAUGAACAUGUAUUUAAGAUACCAAAGACUCAGUUUAACAAUAUCACAUCAAAAAGAUUUACCAAGAGUGAUGAUUUAAAAAUUAAACACAAACAUAUACCUGACAAUUAUUCUCGAAAAGAAAAAAUACAUCGUCAAGUAAUGAAACAAAGAACAGAUGUUAAAUUAAAUCGUACCUACAGAUACGGUGAUUUUCCUGACACUGAAAUAACUCAUGAAUCAAUAUUAAAUCCUCUUCAAGAACUCAUUAAAAAAGACAAAAUAUUAUGUAAAAAUUUUAUUGUUUCAUUGAUAAAUUCCGUUAUAAAUCGUCUUGCAUCAAGUCGUCAACAAGGUGUACGUGAAAAAUAUCAAAAUUUCAUAGAAAAUAUAUCAAAAAAAUUAUCUCUUGUCUUGAAAAAUUAUCGUGGUAAUGAUUUGAUAAUACCAGCAGUGUUUGAAAUAUUAAUUUAUAAUGAAAAUAUUAAAUUUGAUACUAACCUGAUUGCUCAUGUUGCAACAUCAGCUGGUCUAGAUAGUCUUGGUGCUUUAUUACUUGAAAAAAAAUUAUUAAAAGAACCAGAUGAUGAACCACCACCACUAAAACGUCGUCGAGUUGUUGAGCCAUUUGAUGACUCAAAUAAAAUUGAUCAAUGGAUUCAACUUGCCGAGUUAUAUGCAUCAGUUGAUGACGUUGAUAUAUUUUUAAGUAUAUUUCAAAAUCACAUUGCUGGUAUUGAGCUUCAUAAAGCAGCAAAAUUACGAGCUGCAUGUAAAUGGAACCAAGCACUUGGUGCAUAUGAACUUGCUCAAGCUUCUGAAACAAAAGCAAUUAAACGCCAUUGUCAACAAGAAAUUUAUGAAUGUCUUGCGAGAUUAUCAAACUGGGAUAUUUUAACACAACGAAUUGACAAAGAUUUUGGCAACAACAAAAAUUUAAAAGACUUUUUGGAUGUUGCUAAAUUACCUGAUGAAGGCUGGGUAACACCGUGGUACUUUCAAUCACAAAUGUAUCUAUAUCAAAAUAAUCCAAACGAUGGUAACAACCAAUUUUUCGAUCAAGUUAAUGAAUUAAAAAAACAUCCAGAUUAUAAAGAUAUUCUUCAUGAAUUAUUUAGUCAUGAGCUUGUAUUUUUUUGGACACUUGAUAGUCAAGAAGAGACCAAAGAUUUAAUAAGAAAAGCAUCUACAAAAAUUCGUGAACAAUGGAUUCAGUUGAGUAAUUUUUCGCUUCAAUUGAAGAUAAAACAAAUUAUUAAAUUAAGGGGACUUGCUAAUGUCGAUAUGAUUACUAAAGUAAAUAAAAAUCUUUCAAAUAUUGACGAGGUUUUAUUGAGAUACUGGUCACAUUCUCAUCCAACACAACAUGAUGAUUUAUUAAGCUGGGAUAUUCAUUUGAAUCAUCGUUUAAAUUUUGGAAGACUGUUGAAACAUGAAAUGCAACAUAGAGAUGAUAACAGUCAACAAGAUAAUCUUGCUGAUGCUAUUGAUGAAUCCAUAAUUAAACAGUUGUUAUCAAUGUCUGAUGCUGCAUUGAAACAAAAAAAUCUUGGACUUACUUCUAGGUGUUUUGAUAAUGUCGAGUAUUAUGAAAAAACUAAAGAAUUCAAGAGUGAAUUUAUAUUGAAAAAAGCUGAAGCUGGUCUUCAAGAAGCAAUUUGUGAUAAAGAAAAUAUUCAAGGCUAUUUUAAAGCAUGGAAAAGAUGUCGAACAAUUUUAAAAAUACCUGGUGAUUCUCUAAAACGUCAUGUUAAAAUUUCAACUUUACAUCUUUUAAGUGAUAUUAGUUUAUCAUUAAAAGAAUUUUCAGUUGAAAAUCAACAAGAUGCCAGAAGAAUACUUGAAAAAAUUGGUGAAAUUAAUGAUUAUGAUAUUUACAGCUUGGAAAAAUUAAAAGAAGCUUGUAAUAUUGCUGAAGAUUAUGGUGUAGAUGAUAAUGAAAUAGCCAAUUGUCAUUUAAAAAUAUUAAAAUAUUGUUACAUGAAAAUAAUUGACGGUGAUGUUAGCCUUGAGUUGUUGAAGAAUUUUGUUAAAUCAACACUUAAAGCAAUGGCAUGUGGUUCACAAGAAGCAGGCCAAUACUUUCCUUGUUUAUUGAAAUCAAAGUACCUGAAUGACCAAGAGGUAAUAAAUAUUUUUAAAGAAGGCUGUAUGAAUAUUUCAUCCUGGAGAUUCUUGCCUUGGCAACCUCAACUAUUAUUUCAUUUAUCAUCAAAUCUUGAAAGUAUUAUUUCACCAAUAAUUACAAGACUUGUUCAAGAUUAUCCCAAUGCACUUGUCUACUCUUUUCAUGUAUUGUCUGAUACAAAUCCUGACUUGGAAGAUAGUAUACCAUUUUUACGAAUAAAACAACUUCUAAGCUGCCAAAAAGUAGAAAAAUUUAUUGAAGCAAUGAAUUAUCUUGUUAGACCUGAACUUUAUCUUGAAUAUCAUUUAAAAGAUUUACUUGAAAAUUUACAUCUUGGUACUUACACUGUUGUUGAUCGGCUAAAAAAAAAAAUAUAUCAAAAUAAUGAUACUGAUAUACAUGGAAAUUUGUACAAAACAAUUGUCAAUAAAUAUCGAAACGACAUUGAGCUUAUUAAAGACAUGGAAAUUGAUAAUAUAAAAAAUCACGUUUACAAAAUAAUGACUGAUUUAAAAAGAAGUUUAUUAACAAAAGCAAAUAGUGAAUAUCUUGAAGAUUAUAGUCCUUGGUUGAAUAAUUUUACAUGUUCAGAAUUAGAAAUACCAGGACAAUAUACUGGCUAUAAAAAACCAUUACCAAAGUAUCAUGCUAAAAUAACAAAAAUUGAAUCUAAAAUACAAGUCAUGACAUCAUUAAGAAGACCAAUUAAAAUAACAAUGGUUGGUAAUGAUGCUAAAAAUUAUAAUUUUCUUGUUAAAUUUGGUGAAGAUUUGGGUCUUGAUGAAAUUAUUGAGCAAGUAUUUGUAACUAUGAAUGAUAUACUUAAAAGUAAUUCAGCAUGUUCUCAAAGGCAUCUUUCAAUUGAUACAUACAAAGUAAUACCUUUCUCAGGAUCACUUGGUUUAAUCCAAUGGAUUGAUGGAACAAAAACUCUUCAAGAUUACAUAAAUUUUUCAGCCAGUAAUUCAGAAAAAAAUGAGCUAGAAAUGGUGCUCAGAGAGUACGAGGAAUGGAUUCAUCAAGCAAGUCCAGACUCAGUAAAUAUUGUAACACAAUAUAAAGAAGCACUUUUUAAAUACGAUGCUGAAGAUGUUAUUGAUAAAAUGAAUAGCUUGAUUAAUCGAACAAAUUCGAAUUUAAUACGACGAACAUUUGUCAAAAUAAAUUCAACUCUUGAGGGAUUUAUGUUUGCAAAGAAAAAUUUUAUAAUAACUUAUGCUAUCAUGUGUGCUGCUCAAUGGAUUCUUGGAAUUGGUGAUAGACAUCUUAAAAAUAUAUUGAUAUCAAUUGACUCUGGCAGGUGUAUUGGAAUUGAUUUUAAUAGUGCAUUUGGUGGUGGUAUUGAUCAAUCAGUACCAGAGCUUGUUCCAUUUAGGCUUACUAAUCAAAUAACCAGUUUAAUGAAGCCAUUUAAUGAGCAUGAUUUGUUUGCAAUGACAAUGAUUCAUGUUAUCAAAGCAUUAAGAGAUGGAAAGGGACCAAUUCUUGCAAGUAUUGAUGGUAUUGCACAUCAUAAAUUAUCAAAAGUUGAGUCUACUCAACAACUCGUAAAAUCUGAUAGUGAUGAAUGGUUUUCUGACAAAAAAAUUAAUGUUGUUUUAAAGAAACUUAAUGGUGGAAAACCCUCGAUGAUUACUUUGGAAGAACUGGAAAUUAAACAUCGUGAUAAAUAUUGGAAUAGGUAUCAAAACAUUGUUGAGGGUUUUCAUUGUGAUGCUGUUCGAUUAAAAAUGAAUGAUGAAACGUCAAUGAGUCCAGAGAAUCAAGUCCAGUGCUUGCUGGAACAAGCAACUGAUUUAAAUAUUCUUGGAAGAGCUUAUGGACCAUGGAUGCCAUGGCUGUAA